AUGACGAACAAGGCGGCGGCCAACGAACAAGCGAAACCUGACAGUUACGACGUGAUCACCACUCGACGUGCGGACCCCUGCAUUAAAGCGAAUUCCGUACACCAAGAGAGCGUUCCCCACAAUCGAAGCGGCCAAAAGAAACGCAAAGCAGAUGGGACCCUGAAAAACGAGGCAACGUGGUCAAUGAAGGAAUUGAAGUAUGUCCUACAGGAUCAGUGCGUCGGAGAAACCUCAUCGGAAACUCGGCUAACUGUGGAUGUGGACAAUCUGAUGAGGAGGAUCGCUGUGCUGGAGGAUCUCAAACCAGUGCGCAAGAUGCGUGAGACCUUCCCAGCAAGACAUCUACCUCGAAAAGACCAAGAUUGCGACAACGGCAGAUCUCGUGGAAGGAGCAAGAAGGCUGAAAUAAUGGAUUGGAAGAGAGUUCAAGAGGAUACGCUGCGGUGA